AUGCUCAAAUCCAUUGCUCAGAACCACGGUCUACCUGCUCCUCUUGCCUGCUACCGGAUCGACUGCAAAUCAAUUAUUCGGCCAAUGAAAAUUACGUUUGCAAACAAAGAAGAUCGGGAUCAAUUCUUAAUCGGAUUCAACAAGUUCAAAAAAUCGGAACACGCCAUUAACUCAAUCUCUCCUCCUCCUCGCAUUCGACGUGACUUGAUGCCCGACGAGCUAUUGAAACUACACUUCUUCUGUUCCCAAAGCAUGGAAACAUGCCUUCAUCAUCCCCGUCCCAAAGAAAGGGAAUCUCGCUGAACCAUCCAACUACCGCCUCCUUUCUAUCACUGAUCCUUUUUGUAGAGUAUUUGAACGAAUCCUUUGCACUCGCAUAAAAAUUGAUAAAAAUCUGCACUUUUUGACUCCUAUCUGUUACCUAGAACGGGUUCUGUUUUCUUGUUAUAGGGCCCUUUUUACCCCAAAAUUGUACACAUUUUUUAUGCAAGAUUAUGCAAGAUUUUCUAACUUUUUUUCCAAUUUUUUUCUAUCCUAUAACAAUCCCAGAAUUGCUUUCAAAAUUCAUUACACACACACACUGCUCAUCUUUUUUCAAUUCUUACAUAAUCACAAGUACCUCUACUACUUUUUUUUGAGCGAAAUUUCACUUAUAUAUAUGUCUAUUUAUAUGUAUUUCCUGUUACCCGUUUCCCUCUUGCCACCCCCACAUUUUGUUUCUUUUUCUACUUUUUUUUGCUGAACAUCUACUUUUUCUGAACGGGAUUCUUAUAUCACUCCAAUCUUUUUUCCAAUUUUUCACGACCUUUUUUUUGAUGAUGAUGAUGAUAAUCAAUUUUGAAUUGAUUUUUGCAAUAAAGUUUAACUUU